AUGGUCAUAUUCUACGUCAUGCUGAAAACUACGUUGUUGCAUGUUACAACUUCCGACGACGCUGAGAUCUGCACAAUCUUUCAGGACCUCAAAUCCAGAUCAGAAAUAGCGCGUCAGAUGUUGGGUAGAACAAUGUUUGAUCAAUACGAGUACUAUAAGCUCAAAGACCCCAUGCCACUCCCCCUCCGCUUCUCAAACUGCGCAGCGAUCGUCCAGACGUGCCUGGAUAGGAGGGAAUGGGAAGAAUUGUCUCCCUAUGAUGUCUUGGAUGUACGAGCGUCAAAUUUAGCCAUUAGACAUGUCUACAUGGUCAUCCAGCCUCGGGCGGAUCCAGCAGAGACAGUUAUUCGAGAUCUCAAAGCAAAUUAUGCAGAUAUAUUUAGUCACCUGCAGAUCACGUUAUCCAGCCUGCAAAACUGGAUAAUGGCGGACGUCCGCAAUAACUUGGCUGGUGGCGGGUGGUGGCAUCCCAACAAUGUACAUGGUGAUGAAUUUCCUGUCGCAAUCUCUGGCAUAGAGGAAGCGUUGGCGCAAUCCCAUACCUAUAAUGUGAGCACUUCUAUUGCUGUAUCUAUAGCCCUUCCUCAGUUCUUCCCCAAGGUCCCGGCAGCCCGAGAGAUCAGGGACUAUCGGAAUGCUCUCUCCUACACUACACAAUUUAACAAGAUCUUUACGUUGGCUGCGAACCAAUCAGGCGAGGAUUCCCACCAGGAAUUUGCAACAUUUUUCAAUGUCCUUCGGUGCUUUGGCGAGGACUCAGAUUGCAUUGAGAGCGAUGGAUCCUCCGCCCUGAAGGCCAGCAACUUCAUUGUGUAUUUUAUAUCACCGCCGUUCUUUGCCCGUCGCAGCCCACAUUUCGAAUUCAGUCAGGAGAAGCCUUGGGGCUUCCCCAUAUUCCUCGGUACUCCAGAUCUGCCCGAUGCUCGGUGCAAAUUUCGCCCAAGGAGCGAUUUCAUGGUUUUGUCGCCAAAGUUUCUUUGCCCGUUCUUAAUCUCCGAGGUGGUUUCGCAGGAAAAGGAGGAAGAUCAAUACCGAAUGCUGCUCCAAGCCAUUACCGUUGCGAGGGCAGGGCAGUACUUGAUUCGCAAAGGUGCACCAGUACACUUUUUCGUCGUAGCAAUUUAUCUACGGGCAAAUUUGACUGUAGAAAGAUAUGUAGUUGCUAAUAUCGGACUGCAAAGACAGAUUUCCAUUGCCCAGAAAGAUUUUAAACUUACCACGGCAGAUGGUGUGGUCGCAUUCCUUUGUGAGAUGUACAACCUCGUGGCAAUACUUGAGGAACUGGCCGAGCAUCUUGACCAAGGUAAGGAGGGCAGCCUUAGUGAAGUCAAAGACACUGCUUCCAAGUUGCUCUCCCUCACAAUGGCCAAAGAGAGGGAGCCAGUCCGGUUGGUGUUGCCCCCAAUACCUGAGGGCAGUGGAAAUGGCCAGGCCCAAGAUGAUCUCGGCAUCUUUAGUGCUGAUGAUAUCCAAGUUAUUUUGAGAAGGAUGAAUUAUGAGAUCAACUUUAUUCUUUUCGGGUAUCCACUCAUCACGUCUGUUUUGAAUAUUACUCACGAGGCCAAGAAGGGAUACCUGAAGUUUGAAUCAGUUCUCCUGCAAACCAUACCAUAUCUGGAGUCUGAAUCUGGCCUGUGCAAGGCGGCAACAUCAUAUCAAUGCCUGUGGCUGGCGGCUGGCGGCUGGCUUACGAUGCUAAAAAACCCUGAUGUGCACCUGUGGUCCGUAGCUAAACAGCUGUUUGAAGCCGUCGACUUCAUGCACCAACACGGUGUGGCGCACAUGGAUCUGAAACCGCAAAACAUUUUGAUCCCUCGUGACGGCGGACAUCUGUCUAUCAUCGACUUCAACACCUCCUUGCGCGUCAAGGGUGUUGGACGCAAGUUUGGUGGUAUCGUGGGCACAACCGGGUAUAUUUCCCCCAAGGUAGCUGCUGGUAAUGGCCUCUACAGUGUGAUCCGUGCAGACUUGUGGUCCUGUGGAAAGACAUUAGAGGAGCUGUGUAUCAAGUGCCACCCAUCCAUGGAUCGCGAUACGCUGCUCGAGAUAUCUCGACAACUUAUGGAUGAAGAUCUGGAAAAGCGACCAACGAUGUCGGAUGUGUUGGGCCGGCUGGCCCAUUGUACUGUUGACGCUACCACUACACCAGAUUCCCUAAGGUAA